AUGUCAGCAUCAGCAAGAAGACUAGCAUUUUUAAUAAAACAGAAUCAACCAAAGGUCUUAACUCAAGAAGAAGCUAAUAUAUCAGCACAUAGACUUGCAAGAACGGCGAAAUUUGGUUCAACAACAAAAUACCAAAAAACGGAGUCUGCAGAAGAAUACGCGCAGCGCUUUUUCAGUGAAAAUCAAAACGCCGCUCUCGAUAAAAGAGAUCCUCUUGCAAAAUUAGAAACAGUAAAUGCGAUGUUGAACGAUAGAAAGACAGAGAUAAAUGACAGAUUUAGUUACUUAUCCCAGAAGAAGGCACUUGUGUUAAUGAUAUAUGGUGAAAACACUCAGGAGCUCUUCCAAACUUAUGUUCAGAUCGCAGCCUUUUAUAACGAUGAUUUCAGGAUUCCUAGUGCAAUGAGACAUCUCAAGAAGGCACAGCAGAUCAUGCAGCAAAUCCAAAUUACAAAUAUUGACCAUCUCAAAUUUUCUAUCGAAUAUGCUUACGCUGUUAUCAAUUCUGAUGUAGAGGACCAAGAAGAAUAUUAUAGACAUGUAGCACAGUCACAGAAAAUCAUUGCCAAUUUCACAGAUAUCGAGUGUGAUGAUCAAAUCUAUAAUUACAAGCGCUCUUAUCUACUUGCAAGAAUCUAUAACGGAAAUGGACAAUGCGAAGAUGCAAUUACUAUGUAUGGCGAUGCAAUUGCUGAAUAUGAAAUGAUGACUAACAAUGAAACAACAGAAAACACUGCUAGACUCUACCACGAACUUGGUGCUACAUAUGAGGCAGUUGGAGAUAUUAAAAAUGCCAGAAAUUACUAUAGAACUGCUUAUGAUAUUUAUUCUUCUCUUGAAAUUAAUGAUAAAGCUCAGGAACUUAGUUUAUGGCUUGAUGAACAUGAUUCUGAUCAUCAUGCUUAUAUUCCUGAAGAGGAAGAAGAAGAUUAUUAA